UUUUCUCUUCUUCACGAAUCACGCAAAAAAUCUCUCUCCUUCACGCCCAGAAAACCUCUCUCUUUUUCUUCACGCCAAAAAAUAUCUCUCACAAGCUCAAGUCUAAAAUUUCAGACUCGGGACCAACAACUCCUCCACCGGAAUGGUUUCAAAGCCGGUUUAACCACAAAUCUCACGCCAUACUCCGCCGUUAAAAGCUUUGUGGUUGGGUUGCGAAUCACGUGGAAUUGUAGAUGGUGAUUGCUGGGUCACGAUGAGUGGAGACGGUGGUUGCAAGGUCAGUUUGGUGGAGCUGCCGUUGUGGGUAUGGAUAUAAGAGUCGUGGAUAGUGGAUCUGGAUCCCUCCAAAAAAUGAAAGGCGAGGCCCGAAAGCCGACCGGACUGGUGGUAUCCACCACAGAACUCAUCCGAUCAUUCCUCUCUACGGCCUCAAAAGACCCGCACCUCUCUCCUGAGCUCCAACAGAUUGCUUCGGAUCUCUUGUCCCAACAUAACGUGCCGUACAAGUCACUCCGAGCUCUCUGGUUCGCUUCUCGACCCACAACCCGACCCACUCUCAUCCAACUCUUCUCAGGCUCCGACUUCGUCUUCACCACCCCCAAACCUAGACACAAGAGUGAAGAAUUGAAGGCAAGGCUGAAAAAGCUUGAGGAAUUAGCAGAAAAGAAAGCAUAUGCAGAGCUCGUUAAGGAUAUUACACCAAAGGAGGAUGACUCUGAGCCUUUCUCUUCUUACAAGGAUCAGCUAGGCUUUGGUUUACAUGUUGUGGUGACAAUGUUUACUGGCUAUUUGGUUGGAUAUGCUGCAUUCAGAGCGUUAUUUAACCACAGUCCUGUCAUGAAUGUUGCUGGAGGCAUUCUUGGACUGGUUGGUGCGAUGCUUGUAGAAACACUUCUUUUCAUAAUUAGAACUUCCAAUCAAGAUUCUAGAUCUUCGUCUUCUGCUUCCGAACUAAAGAAGAAUCAAUAGGCUUGGGCUUAAGAGAUUGGGCGUCUGUUCUUUAGUAUGUUGUUCACUCUCAGUUACCUAUAAAGAUCUUUUGACAAUAUUGUUGAACCAGUUCACUCACACAAUGUCAGGGCAUGUAACCCUCUUACUACGUCAAGCUGUGCAUGGAAAGCAGCACAUAUGUGCUUGCAGGGAUUUUUUAUCUCCCGAUUCUCCCCAAAGUUCUUUUCUUGUAUUUAGUUAUGUCUCGUGUUGUUUUCUUUUGCAUCCUUGAACAUGUAUUUGAAUGUAUAGGCUCUCUUUUUUCUUUUUCAGUGUAUGCCCCUUUGCCUCUGUAAUAUGUUCUCUUUUAUAAUGACUUAACAAAACAAGAAAAAGCAAAAGGGUAUGUCAAGGCUUCUAUAAUGCUAAUUUAGUCUAUAGUAA